AUGCUGUACGAAUUAAUAGGAAUUGUCCGGCCGGGCAGGGUCCACGAAGUCAAAGAGUAUGCCGCCGCAGCUUCCACACAACCUGCUCCCCCCGUCGCGCGAACCGCCAUGGCAUCGUUGCCUCUCCCCCCAAUCCGCAAACACCUUUCGCUAACUCCCGAGCGUCGUACGCGUUACAGGAUCGCCAAGACCGCCGGCAGCAUCAUCCUCAACAGCGGCGGCGUCGUGCGCGGCGUGACCAACUGGGGCGUGUUCCAGCUGCCCAAGCCGUUCCGCAAGCACCAGGUCACGCACUACGCCGGGCACCACUUCCUCCUGCGCUUCGACGCGUCGCCGCGCUCGCAGCACGCCCUGCGCCGCACCAUGGGCCUCGACCCGCGCCUGAUCCGCUACUCGGUCGUCAAGCUCGGCGACACGCUCGACGACAUCGUCGACGUGCCCGGCGUCGCCCCCUGGGGCUCCGGCGACGCCGCCUCCUCGUCAAAGGUCUCGGCGAACCCCCCUAAUGGCAUGGCCGGCGGCUACCCCGACAAGUUUGGUGCCAUGAUGGCGGUGCCGAGGGGCGAGGAGGAGCGGGCGGAGGAGAAUUUUAGUGAGAUUAUGGGUCUACUGAAUCAGGACAAGAAGUGA